CUAUUUCAGUUUCCUUCUUUGUCCAAUUAUUUCUAUUCUCUAACUUCUCCAGCUGCACGUCGAGUACUUUCUUUUUUAAUCUAUCUGAGUAGCAAUUUACACCUCUUUUAAAUUGCAUAUGAGAUCUUCUACAGUGGAUUCUCUAAGAUGAUAAAGUGAAAUAGGAGAUGACAAGCAAUUUUGUUGGGAAAUAAAAAGUUCCUCUGAUGCACAGCAGCUGUUAAGCUAUUGAAUCUGGUUAUUAGUAAAAUGGAUUCGGAGGUCCUCAACACUGCAUCUGUUUCUGAAGAAGUUCAUGCUGGUGAAUUGGAGGUGGAAUCAAAUUAUAUAGAUUCUCUUGAAGUUAUGUCCUCCAGUGGAGACAUUAUGCGAGAACUGGAGAACGUUGGGGAACUUUUGACAAAGGUUGAGUUGGAUUUAGCAUGUUUCUCUGAGAAACUCCUAAAUUUGGAUAUACUUGUAAUGCACGUGGGAGCAAGGGAAAGUGAUUUUGAAGCUUUUGUUUCGGAGAAGGAGAGCACAAUUGGUGAUUCUGCCAAGAAGGCCCUUGAAUUUGAUCUUUUAUCUGGAAUUUUGGAGUCAGAGGUGAAAGACCUAGAUAAUUUUAUAGUAACUCUCCGAGUGGAAAUUGAUAAUGCUCGCGAAAUGACUAUUUCAUCAAAGCAUUAUGGGGAAGCUUUCGAGUACAUGCAAGAAAAGUUAACGGACUGUGUAAAAUCUUUUGACCAGUCAUUGGAGCAGGUUUCAGAAAUGAGGGUGCAAUCCAACAACUUCCAAAGGACAUUGUUAACUUGUUCUGAAGGUGACAAGGACAUCGACUCUGUCGGAAAUGGUUAUUCUUCAGAUUUGAACUCAAAGAUAAAGAUGCAGACUGCUGAACAGCAGAGGCAUAUCUUGAGAAUGUUUGAAAAGUCUUUGGCAAGGGAACUGGAUCUUGAGAAGAAGCUAACUGACUUGAGACAAAGUGAGGAAAUUUUGAAACUUAAGCUGCAACAAGACAUUUUUUAUAUGGAAGAAGAAAAUGAGGUUGCUUGGGAAAAGUUGUUUGAGGCAGAAAAUUCUGCUGAGGUCCUUUUGUGGACGUCAAAAGAUUUCACGAGUCAACUCCAGAUAGUAAAGUUUAAUCUAAAUGUUAGUGUCCAGAGAGAAGCAGGGUUGAGAUCUCAGUGUCAGGAGUUAAGUAAACAGUUGACAAUGAACAAUGUUGCUCUACGGAAAUCUGAGGGCAUGAAUGCAGAACUUGUGGCUAAGUUGACUUCAACUGAGAAACAAGUGAAGGAAUCUGAAUUGCAGCUCUUUAAUUUGAAGGGUUCUGCAGAAAAACAAAGGGAAUCACUCUCUAAAAUUCAUGAACUGGAAGAGCUUGUCUGUCAUUUGAAAGAAAAGGUUUCCGAAGCAGAAAAAAGGGCUGAUGGUGCAGAAGCUGAAAGCAAAUUGCUAAGGCAUACCAAUAUGGAACUUAAAAAAGAUAGUAAUAGUAGUACUUUGGAGACAGUAAAUCUACUUGAAAGGCAAUUGAGAGAGACUGAUGUUCAGCUACAACAUGCAGUUGCAUCUGCUGAAGCAAGUCAGGAGAAGCAAAGCAUGUUAUAUUCGACGAUCAAGGAUAUGGAAGAUUUGAUAGAAGAUCUCAAAUCUAAAGUCUCAAAAGCUGAAAGUCGGACUGAGAGUGCUGAAGAAAAGUGUAUAAUAUUGUCAGAAACCAACUCAGAUCUAAAUGACGAGAUAAAGUUUCUAAGGAACAGAAUGGAGUGCUUGGAUGCAUCACUACAUCAAGCUGAGGAGACAAAGAGAGCAACUGCAAAGGAUAUUGGUAUCCGUACUAAGUUGAUAACAGAUCUUAUCAUGAAGUUGGCUCUGGAAAGAGAACGGCUGCAUAAGCAGAUAUCUUUGCUAACGAAGGAGAAAAAGUUUCUUUUAAAGCGUCUACAGCACAUGAGCAAGGGUCAUUCUAUAAGUGCAAGGAAAGACAUUGAAGAUGGUAACAAAAGUUUUCCAGUUUCAAGGAAUGACUUAUCAAGUGGAACUUCUUUAAAGGAAACUAACAGUGACGCAACUGGACCCUCAAAUACCAGUCAUGAGCUUGACAAUGCAAAUAAAGACGAGCCCAUGGGCACGGCUGGGGUCAGAGUAGCCAAAGAAACAUCCGAGCUCGACUCUGUGAGGAAUAUAGAUACAAGUCAACUUAAAUCCAAGUAUGUCCUGGUGGCAGUUUUUGUGUUGGUGAUUGCAACUCUAAUAGCUGCCCUUUUUCAGCAUCACAGUGACUGUUUGUGAAGUCGGUAAACCGGACCUCAUCCGAUAUCCUUGUGCCAGCCAUACUGGGAAGAAAUUUUGGCCGCAUCAUAGCUAUCUUGCGCAUUUUGCCUAUUAGCUACGUAGAGGACGUUGUUUUCAUGGUUAGGAGUGCUUAAAUGAUGUGGUGAUGUUCCUUUUAUGGUGUUUUGUUAUCUUCCUCUUUUGCUCAGAAGUAACUUGAACUGUAGUAUUAUGCUCACCUACUAAGUAGCUUGAGCGAGGAAGAGAAAAAGCAUGAACUACUUAGCCACGAGGUAGGAAGUUUUGUUGCCAUCGCGUAUAUAAGUUUUAAGAAGCUGAGUCGGUCAAGCCAUUUUUUAUUA